AUGGCCGACACAAUGGAGGACACUCAGGCCGGCGCAACAGAGGCGAAAGGCCUAGGCAUAGCAGGAGACACCACCGCCAGCGACCCGACCCAGGAGACCAGCGACAGCGACAGCAGCAACAAGUUCCAACACGCCAUCUCAGCAUGGCGCUCCCUCGACCUGACCUCCCUCCUCCGCAGCCUCGACACCGCCGCCUCCGACCUCGUCACCCACCAGAAAGACGCCCUGGUCCAGCGCAAAGAGCUCGCGCAGAAGACGAAGGACUUCCGCAAACUCGACGACCCAGCCAAGUUGGCCGAGAUCAAGGACCUCCUCAAAGCCUACCAGGGCUAUGUCGACGUGCUUACGAACCACAACAAGACGAUCAACUCGGCAUUUAUGCAGGCGUACUCGCCGUUGUCUGAGGCGCCGGAUCCUUACCCUUUGCUUGAAGCGAGCGUGGAUUCUUUGGUGACGGCUGAGGAGGUGACGCCGAAGCUGGAGGCGGAGAAUGAGCGGUUGCAGAAGCAGGUGGCUAAGUUGAAUGGGCAGCUGGAAGAGUCGGAGCAGCAGUUGGAGGCGGAGCGGACCAAGAGGCAGUCGUUUGAGGGGUCGCAGGAUAGCAGGAUCAAGGAGGUGGAGGAGAGUUGGGCGGCGGUGGUGAAGGAGAAGGAGGAUAAUUGGGCGGCGAAGGAGAAAGGCUUGGAGGAGAAAGUCGAGAAUCAAGAAAGGUUACUGAGGGAGAUUAAGGCGAGCUAUGAGGUGUCGCAGCGUUUGGAGAGGUCUGGGGAGGAGAGUCAAGCGACAACAGCAAAUAGUGCAACUGCUGCGGAGCUCGAGCUGGUCAACUCUGAGCUGGAGAGGACCAACGUGCGGCUGGCUGAAGUAGAGGCAAGGAAUGAGCAGAUGAGGGUGGAGUUGGCACAAAAUGCGUCCCAGUCGCACAGCUCUGGACGAAGCACGGCUGUGGAAGAUGAGCCUGCGUACUUGAGGCUGAGAUCAGAGAACUCUUCACUGAUACGGCGGCUUGAAUCAGCCCGACACGACAAGGACGCUGAGAGAAGUGGCAUGGAGUCGAAACUACGUGGCGUUGAGCGAGAGAUCGGAGCCGUAAAAGCAGACCGAGAUGCAUUGCAGAACAAAGUGCACAAGUGGAGCAAUUAUGAGGAGGUGAAGCGAGAACUGGAAAUGCUACGAGCCAUCGAGUUUGCCACUGUCGACGACACAGAUCUUCCGGACGGUGACGACAUGGGCCACACAAAUGGCAGCGCCGACAAGGCAGCGGGUGAGACCCUAGAACAACUCCUUCUCGCCCGCAACAAAAAGCUCAGCAAUGAGCUCACUGAGCUGCGCGUCUCUCACAACGAGAUCCAGCAGCGCCUUGAGAACCUUCAAGAAGACCUCUCCAUCGCGAACAUGGACCUCGAGAAAUCCCGCAACCUGAACGCAACCCUCGAGAACGACCUGCAGAAGACGCAACAAGAAGCAUCCAACGCAUUCGAAACCAUGUCCGUCGCCGGGACCUACACCUCCCGCUACCCCAAGUCCGCUUAUGGCAGCCGAAGAGGCGGCGGCGGCGCGUCACCUACCUCCUCCAUCAUCGGUGGCUUCGACCCUGGGUCCCACUCUCCACGAGGCCUCGACAGCCUCCGGGCCAACGAACCGUCCGGUGGCGGCUCCGGCAUCCUCCCAAUGGUGACAGCACAACGCGACCGCUUUAAGAAGAAGAUCGCCGAGCUGGAGCAAGAACUACAAAAACAAUACCAACAAGUCUCCUCCCUGCGCUCAGAGGUCGCUUCCCUACAAAAAGACAACCUCAACCUCUACGAGAAAACCCGCUACGUCUCCUCCUACUCCCGCCCCACAGCCUCCGGAGCAAGCUACGGCGCCAAUCCCAACCCCUCCACCAUUCCCAUCACCCCCGGCGGAGGGGGCGGCAACGACACCCCCAUCGACCGCUACCGCACCGCCUACGAGUCGAACAUCAGCCCUUUCGCCGCCUUCCGCGGGCGCGAGAGCGCGCGGGCUUUGAAAAGGAUGUCCUUGCCUGAGAGAGCGGUGUGGCAGGUCACGAGGAUGGUGCUGGCGACGCGGACGAGUCGGAAUCUGUUCGCGGUGUAUUGUUUGGGGUUGCAUUUGAUGGUGCUGGGGAUGCUGUUUUAUGCGGGGACGACGGAGGUGGAGGCGCAUGCUAGUAAUUUGAGUGCCGGGGAUUCUUCGUCCGACUCGAUCAUCGGAUUCGUCGCCACCACCAACGGACACGCAAGACAGCGAUGUGGCGAGCAAAAUGCAACACCCCGCCCAAAAAAACUCAAUGCGACGCACCUGCAAGCGCUCUUGUCCCACAAGACCCAGCCAUCAUCUGCUGUGUAUCCCCACCAGAGCUCCGGCGCCAACUGCCCGGGAACCGCUGCAGAAUCCAGCUCAUCGCGACGAAACCUACAACGCGGCCGUCUGGCCGACGACUCGCCAUUGACCACGCGACACCUCCAUCCUGAUGAUCUGCCUACUCGGCCAGUCGCCGGUGUCAUAUAG